GUAUCGCCGGUCUCCCGCGACCUUGGCGCGAUUUCUUACGUCAAUGUGUGACUGAUUCAAGAAAAAUUAUGAUUUCUGUCGCUUCUUAUAUCGCUCUUUCUCAUUCUCUCUUUGUAUUUCGAACUUUCUGGAAAAAAUAACCUGAUUCGGUUUUCUGCAAAAAACUUACUGCAAAAAAAACUUUUACGAGUUUAUAUACGUGUGUAUGUGUCGCGAAAAAGCAGAAUCAUCUCGAUCCCACGUGGAGCCGGAAUUCCAAUCUCGAAAUUAAUACGCUCUGUAACUCCCUGGUAAUAAAAUAUUCUAGUGGAAAAUAACAGGCUGAAAUAUAUGUGCGCGGUAUAAAUCGACACGUUUGCGUGGAUUAUCGUCCUCUAGGGAGAACGUCGAUCGCAUUACCAUUUACAGGCAUCUCAUUACCGGAAUACUUGCAUGUGUGCGUGCGUUCACGUGUUUUCAGAGCAUCCCAAAAAGUCGCGCUUCACACGCUUUCUUUGCCUCUCUUUUGGAAUUGUCACUAUGCUUAUAUUUAUCCUUUACUGCAGUCGUUUACAGAUCAUGUGUGGCAUUCAGUGGAAAAAAUCGAAUACUUGGAGUCGCAGCCAAGAAUCAAAUGGUAACCAAUGUGAAAAAUACCAUCCAUGGUUUCAAAAGACUAUUAGGUAGAAAAUACAAUGACCCGCAAGUUCAAUCCGAGUUACGGUUUCUUCCCUACAAAAUAUCUCCGCAGGCUGAUGGAAACAUUGGCAUACAUGUACAAUACUUGGGAGAAGAGCAAGUUUUUUCACCAGAACAGAUUGCAGCUAUGCUUUUUACAAAGUUGAAAGAUAUUUCUGAAACAGCUCUACAAACUGCUGUUAACGAUUGUGUCAUAUCAGUUCCUUCGUAUUUUACUCAAGCUGAACGUCAAGCUUUACUUGAUGCUGUUAGGAUUGCGGGCCUCAAUGUUUUAAGAUUAUUUAACGAGACCACUGCUACUGCUCUUUGUUAUGGUAUUUAUAAGCAGGACUUGCCAUCAACAGAUGCAGCUCCUAGAAAUAUUGUUUUUGUGGAUUGCGGCAACGCUAGCUUGCAAGUGAGCGUUUGUGCCUUUCAUAAAGGAAAACUUAAGAUGUUGGCAAGUGCAGCUGAUAGUCAAUUUGGUGGAAGAAAUAUCGACAUUAUUCUAGCGGAACACUUCGUUAAAGAAUUUAAAACGCGAUACAACAUUGACGCACACACCAAUCCGCGAGCGUACUUAAGAUUAUUGGCAGAAGUCGAGAAACUGAAGAAACAAAUGUCGGCCAAUUCGACCACCCUUCAUCUAAAUAUCGAAUGCUUUAUGGACGAUAAGGAUGUACACGGCGAGAUGAAACGUAGCGAUAUGGAAGCGCUGUGCGCUCAUUUAUUUGAACGCGUCGAGAAAAUGCUGAAGCAAUGUCUAUUAGAUUCGAAAUUGAAGGUAGAAGAUAUUCAUUCGGUCGAGAUUGUGGGAGGAUCGAGCCGCGUCCCUGCUAUCAAACGUUUAGUCGAGGAAGUCUUUGGUCGACCGAUAUCGACGACUCUGAAUCAGGACGAAGCGGUUUCUCGUGGUUGCGCAUUGCAAUGCGCUAUGCUUAGCCCUGCUGUACGCGUUCGUGACUUUGCGGUUACGGAUAUACAACCAUAUCCUCUAAAACUAACAUGGGAUGCAACUCAAGGCGAAGAAGGUGAAAUGGAAGUAUUUGGGCAUAAUCAUCCUGUACCAUUCUCCAAGAUGUUGACGUUCUAUCGUUUGAAUCCAUUUAUACUUACUGCUAGUUACAGUACACCACCUCCAUCAUAUCCUCAAUCACACAUUGGAACAUUCACAAUAAAGAAUGUAAAAGCUACGCCAGAAGGAGAAUCAGCGAAAGUUAAGGUGAAGGUAAGAGUGAAUUUGAACGGUAUUUUGACUGUUGCAUCGGCAUCGCUUAUCGAGAAACGUGAGGCGACUCAACAAGAAAAAGAAGAAGAAGAAGCACAACAGCAGCAACAACAACAACAGAAUAAUAUGGAUAUCGAUUCGGAUAAAAAAGAUAAAUCCGAUCAAGACGCGCAGGCUAAUGAACCCCCAGCUCCAGAGGUGAGCAUGGAUAAGACACGACGGAACUCAGAUGCUGAUGAUGGUGGAAAAGGUGGUGCUAGGGGUUCUGCCCCUUCCUACUCUUCCAGGAUUCUCUCUUGGUUCAGCUCGGGAGAUGAUAAAGGCGACGAUAAAGGGAAGAAAAAAGUCCCAAUUCGUACAGUUGACUUGCCUAUUGAAGCUAACGUUUGCGGAUUAUCGCCACGAGAUCUCGACGCUGCGAUAGAAAAAGAGGGCAAAAUGAUCGCCGAGGAUAAACAGGAAAAAGAACGAGUUGAUGCGCGUAAUGCUUUAGAGGAAUACGUUUACGACUUACGCGCUAAAUUAUCCGAAGAGAAUCAAUUAGCGACAUUUGUCACGGAAGUAGAUAAGGAAACGUUGUAUCGUACAUUAGAUGACACUGAAAAUUGGCUAUAUGAAGAAGGAGAAGAUUGUCAACGACAGAUUUAUUCCGAGCGAUUGACACGUUUAAAAUCUCAAGGAGAACCAAUAAAAGAAAGGAGAUUAGAAUUCGAAGGAAGAUCUCAUGCGUUAGAGGAAUUAGGAAAAGCGUUACAACUAGCUAAGAAAGGCCUUAAUCAGAUAGAAGCAUCAGUUGGUAAAGACGAUAAAUAUUCUCAUCUAACGGAGGAAGAAAUAAAAACGGUUGACAAAACAGUGCAAGAGAAAUGGAUAUGGUUGGAGGAAAAACGUAUGGUGCUUGCGAGUUUACCUCGUACGCAACAACCGCCAGUCACCGUUGCGCAAAUUCGUGCCGAGAAACAAUCACUGGACAGUGUGGUAUUACCUAUUCUCAACAAGCCUAAACCUAAAGUAGAACCACCAAAAGAGGAAAAGCCGAAAGACAAACCGGCCGAUGAACAGAAGAAUAAUCAGAAUCAAAAUACCCAAAAUGCUAACAGUCACAGUCAGCAACCGAAUCAGCAAACGGAAGAAGAGAAAAUGGAUGUUGAGUAACGGUCACCGCAACUUAUGUGUUUUUAAUAAUAUAUUAAAUCUAAUCUAUAAUUGAAAAAUAGCAAAUAUUUCAUAUUUGGAUAAACCAUCUUUAACAUGUCUCGAAAGCGCCUGACAUACCAUAGUCGAAUUGCACACAUGAUUGUCUUUACUUUUUCUUUUUUUUCUUUUUCUUUUUUUCUCUGUAACAUCUAUUAAUAUGAUGAAUUGAGCUAUUUAAUGGCAUGUAUUAAGUAUAAUAAGCGUAAGCGUAUUGAAAAACUAAAGAAUUUGAAUUUAUCAAAAGAAAAUAUGCAUUACAGCAAUAAUAAUAAAUAUUAUUUUCUUUGAAAGGAGUAUCGCAAUUAUAUUUGCUGUCUAGACCAACUGAAGAAGCGGGAGUUGUUUUUUUGAAAGCAAAAAAUAAAACUUUCCUACAUUUAAAAAAAAACCCUUGUUCAAGUUUUCAGUACGCUUCUAAAUGCAUAAAUAAAACUGUUUUAGAUGAA